ACGGUCACAGUGUACAGUCUCAGCAGAUUCGAUUAUUUAUUGUGUACAAAACUACAUUAAACUACAUUACCGAGAAAGUAAAUGCAACGGAAAACGCGGUUGAAAAUGACUGGUGGGAAUCAUUGGGGAAACUCUAUAUUUUGAGGGGUGGAGACGGUGUUCGUGUAAACGCGGUGUUUGUGGAAUCUGUGUUUGGGGGAAACUGGGCUGAAUUUUCCCGGUUUGUUUUCAGGCGGGUUGCUGAUGUUUACAGCGCGGGCUGAACAGAGAACCUCAACAGCGAAUCUGCAGAGAGUCAGAGCCGCUUUAUUUAAUCACCAUGGACGUGUAGCACCGAGCACUGCGCUGCCGUUAACUAGCUCUAACUCCAGCCUAGUUAAAUACCCGGUUUAUAGAGGCAGGACUAGAGACCCGCUCCUCCCGAACUGAAGAUUUUCCUCUUCUGGCCUCCAGUUUGUUCCUCUGUGUAAAAUGAGUCGACCCUCGAGGUUCGUUAAUGUUCCUGUCCUUAUCGUUUAUAUCAGCGAUAGUUAUCUAAACUAACUGAUGUAGGAAGACUGUUAAUUAUUCAGACUUCAUGGAUGAUGAUGCAGAUGAAGAUUUUGCCACAGUGAGAGCUCCUCCAAGUAAAAAACAUCGAGCUUCUGUUAGAGAACUUCAUCAUGAGACGAACAUGGAAGCAAGUCAUCCUGUAAAAGAAACAGGUGGUGUAACUAGUGAAGAGAGCAGAAAGAGGGUGUCUGUGGAUGAAAAACUGUAUAAGAGAGAUUUGGAAGCGGCACUGAGUCUCUCCCUGCUCCAGAGUACAGAAACAGUGGAGCCACUUAAUCAUAUCCCAGUUGAAGAGGAUCGGCCUCCUGUGCUGACACACUGUGAUGUUGCAUCUUCAGUCUACCCUCCACAAGAUGUACCUCCCGUGCUUUCAAACUGUAGUGUGGAUGUCAGCCACCUAGAUCUGAAUGCUGUUCGUUCCUGCACUGAUUCAGAGAGUGACGCAGAUUUCAGUGAUCCUGAUGAAGAAAGCGAGGAUGAAGAGUACACAGUGAAGAAAAAAGUUGAAAAAAAGAAAUCAAGCAACAAGGAGAAAAAAACGAUGCCAAAUAUAGUUACAAAAAAGAGCACCCCAAAACUACCAAAAGGCAAACCUCAGUCUACAGUUAGAAAGAAAGUUCUCAGUCACAGUCCAGGUGUUGCCCAGUCUGUGCUGAAGAAGACUCCCAUCACUCCACCUACAUCUAAACCUGUACUCUGCUCCAGUCCUCCAUCAGCAGGCAGACUGCCAAAGUGGAAUCCUCCUGGUAUAGUAGGAAGAAGCCCCAACUCUCCAAGUGUCCAAGCGAAGUCUCCUGGACUGGGUCUACGGAUAGGACUGUCUCGUCUGGCCAGAAUCAAACCCCUGCACCCUAAUGCAGCUGCACAUUGAGUUGGUUUUGUGUAAAUACUUGCUGUGUAAUUUUAUGUAAAUAUAUUGCUGAUAUCUGUGUCUAAAUACAAAGAGUUGCUUAUAUUAAUGAUACAUUAAUUUAAGUUUUAACAUACAUCCUUUGAUUUUCUUUUAAAUAAACUUUUGCUCUACUACA